CCCUGCCUCGCCUGCCUUAUCGUUAGUUUAUCUGAAUAGCAGCUUUCAGGCGCGAGACCAAAGCCCGCAGCCUAUUGGCCCAAAGUUUCUCUCCGUCUGUCUCCCAGCUCCAUUGCGCCCAUUGCCUCAGCCAGCACCGCUCACCAUAACCUUCGCCCCUAACACUGCAAAUCUAUCUUGCACCAUUUCCUCAUCAUUUCUUUCCCUACAUACAUCCGUAUCAGCCAGUCGAGAGAGCCAUUGCGUAGUUGCUCUCAAGGUUGUAUGAACUAGCUACCUAGGUAGACUAAUAGUCCGCUGACCUGGGCUAUCUCGAGCCUCACCUUGUCACUUGUACUGACAACUAACCACUAACCUUGAUCAUGGCGGACCCCGAGAAUUUCGAGGACGAUCUCUUUGCCGACCUCUACGAUGAUAACCCUGGCUCGGCUCCUGCCGCGCCUGCCCCUAAACCUGCUCCCGCCAUGGCUGCGGUCCCGACGCCUACUCCUGCGGCAGCCUCCAUACCUCAAUCCGUAGCAGAGAAAGCGUCAGAGCCUCAGGCUGAAUAUGUAUCCGAUGAGAUGGCCCAUAGUGCUGUUGAGAACGGCUAUGGUGAUGAUUACCACGAGGAUGCUUAUGAAGAUGAUGAUGACGUGGACUUUGACCUCGGCAACGGCCCAGCUGCAAACUCUACGGCGGUACCGAUGAGACAAGAAGAGUCGCUUGGUCCUGCUUUCCAUACUACUCGUGGGCCUAGCGCUAAGGAAGAUGGAAAGAUGUUUAUUGGAGGUUUGAACUGGGAAACCACUGAUCAAUCGCUACGCGACUAUUUUUCACAAUUCGGUGAAGUCACCGAGUGUACUGUCAUGAGAGACGGCGCAACGGGACGCUCUCGAGGGUUCGGUUUUCUCACAUUUAAAGACCCAAAAACUGUGAAUAUUGUCAUGGUCAAGGAGCAUUUUCUCGAUGGGAAACUGAUUGAUCCGAAGCGGGCUAUUCCCCGAGAUGAACAAGAAAAGACCUCCAAAAUAUUCGUUGGAGGUGUCAGCCAAGACACAACUGAAAACGAAUUUAAGGAUUACUUUGCUCAAUUUGGACGUGUUGUAGACGCCACUCUCAUGAUGGACAAAGAUACUGGAAGACCCCGCGGUUUCGGAUUUGUCACUUUUGAGAACGAGGUUGGCGUCGAGGCAUGCUUAAGCACGCACCUAGAAAUUCAUGGCAAGGCCAUUGAGGUCAAGAAAGCACAGCCUCGAGGUAACAUGCGUGAAGAAGAAGAAGCUUCAAGACGUGGGGGCAAGUUCAAGAAAGGGGGUAUGGAUGACCAGGGCAGCGGUCAAAACCAGAUGACAAACCAGAUGAAUCAAGGAGGUAUGACGCCACAACUCAUGGCACAGUACAUGCAGAGAUUUCAGCAGUACAUGGCCAUGAUGCAACAACAACAAGCUAUGAAUAGAGGGAUGGGUAUGAAUCCUGCCAUGAUGCAAAUGCUUCAGAUGCAGCAGAUGCAACAAAUACAGCAACAGAUGGCUCAGAGCGGAGGCGCCAACGCAAACAAUAUGGCCGCAAUGAACCAGGCCAUGAUGCAACAGAUGAUGGGUAACGCUGGUUCGAACCAAGGUCAAGGCCAGGGCGGCGACGAGCAACAGGGGUAUAACGAUUACAAUCAACAAGGUUUUAAUCAGCGUGGCGGCGGAGGAAGGCGUGGUGGCCGAGGCGGAUACAACCAAGGUUAUGGAAAUAUGGGCAAUGCCGGUGGUGAUCCGACAUCCUGGGAGGGCAUGUAUGACGAUGUUCCCCAACCCAACUACAACCAAGGCGGACGCGGCGGUUUCUAUCGAAACCGCGGCGGUCAUCAGCAAAACCAAACGACCGCAGACCCCAAUCACGCCCCCCCGGCCAACGCUCCGACGGGCCCUAAGAACGCCGGCAAACCCGGCGCCAACUACCGCGGGGGUGGUCGAGGAGGCAAUCGUGGUUUCCACCCUUACGGUCGUUAACGGAACGAAUUAUGAGUCACCUUCAUGGCUAUACAGCUCUCUACCGCAAUGUGAAGCCGGUUGAUCCCCUGUACGAAUGAGUCCAACAUCUCAUUAAUUCACCGGGGAGCAAACAAAUCUCAGCAUUGCAGCACAGAUCCGUUACAGGUAACAAGUAUGGCUCCGCUUGUUGACCAUGUUACUUUCUUCAAUCCCAAUCCCCACGGGCCAAGAAUCUUCGGCAAACGAUUAUUGCUGCGCUCGUUUGCGUGUAUUUAUAACUUUUUUUUUUUACGAUCGAGUGCAUAAUAUCGUUAGAUGUGUCAUCCCAGGAUGUCGUGACACCUCGCACACAAGGAAAAGAACCGAACUACAGAAGGACCAGGCCCACCGCGGCAAAGGCGAGGUCGGGAAGACACUCUCUUUUCCUCUUAUCGGCGAUGAUCUCUAUCCCAUCUCAACGUUCUCGCGGCUUGCCAUAUGAAAAGGAGGCAUGUCAAGUUGGCUUCGGUAUUGCUUCGGCCACGAUGAAAACAAAAUAUUUUGCUGGGUAGUUAGCCCCCCUGGCAGAUUCAUAGCAACGGAUCAAGGGGGAAAUCGAUGUUAAAUUAAUUACGUUUUACCUGCCUUGUGGCUAAUGUUCUUUUUUAUCUGUUCUGAGUAUAGAGAUAACAAAGUUUAUGGAAACUCAUGCAUUCUACGAUCUGCAU